AUGGACGUCAGGCACGUCUCCUCGGCGGAAGUAGCGCCUGUCGCCUCGAACGAUGCGCCUCAAAAUUCGGAGUCCAGAAAUUGGAAAAUUCGCAAAUGUCACUUGGAGAAACGCGACGACACGCGGAACGAAGCGGGCACGCAAGACGUUAUCGGGAAUAUUCCCGCAAUUUAUAUCGAUACGUCGGACGAGGACGACGUGUCCGAAGGAUUGUCGGGCGACGUCGAGCGAACGGAGACUCAACAUUCGCCCGCGACAGAUCCAGGAUCAUCCGCCGUCGACUGUGGAAAAGAAUUCGCAUCUGCCCUUCAUGAGCGCGCCCAGGAACUCUGGUCGGAGAUGACGAGCCUUCGAGAAAAACUAAACAAGGAGGCAGCUCUCUGGAAAAGGGAGAAGGAGGAGUUUCAUCUUCUACGCCAGAGAAGCGAUGCCCUUGCGUUUGAAGAGGCAACCGCGGCCGCGCGGGCCGCAGCCGCGGCCUAUGCCGUCGAAUCGCCGCUCUCGAGCGACUUAGGUAACAUCGUUGAUAUUACGUCAGAGCAGAGCAUCAGGGAACUCGCAAUACUCGAGUACGAGAAGAAUCUCGCCAAGUACCAUGACCGGCACUCCGUCGAGCAAGCCGAGCAACGUUACAACUCGUACAAGCGUGUGCUCGUCGACGCCUACAGGCAGAAGUUGUCGGAGGUCGAGCGUCUCUGCGACGAGGAAUUGGAGAACAUACGACAGAACGCGAACUGCUUGCAGCCGUUCAAGGAGAUCGCAUCGCAGUGGUCCAUCGAUGAGAACGAUCACGGUGAUUCGCAGCGCGGUUGUGACAGUCCACCCGAGUCCGCAGAACCAUCUAAAAUCAUCGAGACAAGUCUAAGCAACAAUUGGUGUAUAUACGAAACACUCGACAACGAGGUCAACAUGAUCCCGGAAAUUUUAUCCGCCCGUUUUAAACGGGAAGAAGCAACAUAA